CCAAGCAUUUCCAUGAAGUGGAAUAGGAUGAAUUAACAAUUGAGCAUCAUGGUAAUGUGCAGUGCCAUGGAUAGCGUCGUGAUACCCAGACCCCCUGCACUACCUCUGGGGCCUUUGGUCCCUACCUUCCCCUUAAAAGGUACUUCACUGCCCCCACCACCGCCUCCUCCAAAACCUCAACACAAUCAAUUGGUGCAAACUGAAGAAAAGGAGUCAUCUAGUGUUCAUGUAACGAGGAAUCAGGAGGUAGGUGAUAAAAAGGUAUGUGAAGAAAGAACUGUUUUUGAAGAACGACGAAUAAUACAAAAAAUGGUGGACAAAAAAAUUACAAGGAACGAAAGUACCAGAAGUAAGAUAAGCAGUAGAAGCGUGACAUCACAAAAGUCCAAUGGUUUUAGAUUAAGAGAAAAUGGGCACAACAACUCUCCAAAUAAUAUGAACAACGACGAUGCAGGAUCGAUAUACAGCAUUUACAAGCAAAAAAUCGACAGCAUGUUCGAGUCAGAUUCCAGCACUAGUCAUAACAGUGUCCAGGCUAAAAUAGAAAAAAUGUUUAGUGAUGUCGCUAAAGAUAGCGGUUUAUUACCCACUCAAAUAGGAGUCCAUACAUUCUCAGUAGAUUAUUUAGGCAGCAUUCCGUUACAAGAUAAAGUCAAUAGUUUAAGUGGUUUGCAAAAACCUUUAAGAAAACUAUAUUUUUCGUAUAAGAAAUUAGUUAAAAAUAAAAAGACAUUAUCAGGUCGAUUAGAGAUAUCUCCCCAAGGUCUAAAAGUUCAGUACCAAGGCCAAUCAGGAGACUUGGAACAGAUGAAUUCGUAUCCUUCAAUUGCUGUCUGGUCAGCAGUUAAAUUUGUCAUCCAAGAAACAACCGGAAAUUGUUUAUCUUACGCUUUUCUACCUCUCAUUACUGAUCCAGAUAAUAUGGACAAGCAGGCUCUCUUUAAGAAUUUAGAAGAUAACGAAAAGAAGUAUAUCACCAAGGAAGAACACUCUCCUCUAUUUGCUGUAGUAAUGAGGAAGAUUGGAGUGCAAAAACAGCUGGAAUGCCAUGGGUUUGUCUGCCAAACGUCAGAAGAUGCCAUAGUUAUUGCUGCCACGUUGUAUAAAUCCCUCGUACACCAUAUGAAGCACAAAGAAAAGCGCUUCGAAAACAAAAAUGGUGUCACCACCUGCAUGUCCACCACUUCAAGUACAAUCGUUGAUAAAACUGGAGCGUCUGUCCCUGUCAGACCUCCCAGAAGAAAAAGAAGUAGUGCAACCUCUUCAGUUUGUAGUGACACGAAUUCUAUAGCCAAUGUCUCAGAUACUCAACCUCUUCUAUCUUCAGAUCUUCCUUCAGCUCCGAAGAAAAGUACAAAAGCUAAGAGAGCUCCUGAAGUUCCUAACCAAUUCAAGCAAGAAGAUUUAGAUGCCAUAGUACCGUACGAGGAGCCUAUCGAUGUUAAAAGUGCUGAGGUUAGCGAAAUAAAGCCUUCAAAUGAAGAUGAACAAGGAGUUCAAGAAAUUAAACCAAAAUCUUUUUCUGAUAAACUCAGUACGUUUAUGAGCAAGGAACAAAAACAAAUUGCUGAAGAACUGAAACAAAUGGUAACUGAUUCAAAUAAAGGACUAAAAAGGGUGCAAAGCUUCAGAAAACAAAACGAUGAUACCAUCAGAAAGAAGGAGCAUUCCGGUGAUAUUUUUACCAAAGUUACCAUUCCUCGAUCAGGGAGUUUCCUGAAUACUGCUGGUUUAACCAGGUAUAAAAAUAAGGUUUCUAGAAACAAUGAGACAGCUAGUGGAGGAUCUCCUUUAGGCUUUAAAGAAAUAUUUAACGAGCUAUCGUUACAAGAAGGAUUACAUUCCAUGGAUGACAUCCUUUCGGUCAUUAUCGACCCAGACGGAAUGUCUUUUAAUGACCUGAAACCAAUUUACAAAGAAUUUUUGUUGAAACUUGCACUUACUCUCACAAAAGACGAGUUAUAUAUGAAAAGUAAAAGCAUCAUGAGGAGGCAAAAAAAGAAACAGAUUAAAAGAUCAGCUAGCGUGAAGAAAGCUUCUCACACGUUGAUAUCUGGAAAAUUCAAGAGGUUGAAGCAUAUUUUCCAAAAGAGUUUUAGAGAAAAGCAAAAUAAGAAACUGAUGGAAAAUAGUAAGUUGAAAAAUAUUGUAAGUUCUGGAUGUGGCGAAUCGAAAUUGCCUGAAAGUAGUAUUAGUACUUCUUCUUACGACACAAGGCAAUUUAGAACUAAGGAAGAAUUGGCUGGAAAAAAAUCUGCAUACAGGAAAAAAUCUCAUGGUGAUUACAGUAAAAAUAGAAGAAGAGAUCGAGCUAGUACCAGUGAAGAAUCGGACUUCAUGUCUUUGAAAAGGCAAAAUAAAUACAAAAAUCAGAACUCCAAUCUUCUUACUUUGAAUCAUAAUCGAAACUCCUCAUCAGGUUAUGUUUCAUGCUCUGAAUGUAGCUACGACUCGGACACUUGCACCUGCGUAUCAGCAGACAAGUGCUACUGCAGUUUGGGACAGCGCAAUAUCGGAAAUGGUAGAAGGGGUAGUCUUCAAGAGGAAAUUACAUGUGCAGCUGAUCCUACAUUAAUAUAUUGUGACUGUGAUACCGAUUCUUGUGCUGAAUCCAACAAAUGCUACUGUCAUUAUGGAAACAGACCCAUCAUCCAAAAUAAUAGAAAUACUUCUCAUCACCAUUCCAAUUGUAUGGUCAAACACUCUCAAAAACAUAAAAAAUUGUGCAAGAAAAAUUCAAACACUAAAAGUAGUAGAAGCUUAGAAUACAUGUCAAACCCCAGUGAAGGAUACUACGAAAAACUCAAAAGCAAACAGAAAUUUGGCAGUGAAAGAAUAAUCUCGCACUAUGCUUCCAAAAAUGACUUGAAGAAACGAAGAAACAGCCAUUCUGGUAUUGGAGGUCAUAUAAUUGAUGGGGAAUUCAGCAUGAUCACCCACCAAAAUGUCCAAAUGGGUAUGGUUGGCGGAAACCUAACCGCCUUGAACUACGAUGUGUUGAAAAUGUCGAAGAGAGAUAUAGAAGAGGCUUUAUACCGAGGAGCUUUCAGUGAGAGUUUUAAAGAUUAUUGCAGAGGAAACAGUGGUAUAGAUCCAAGAGGUCAACGAAUCCAGUCAGCAAUAACUACUGGAGCAUGUACUGAAGCAUUAUCCGUUAAAAAAUCAGCAGAAAUAGCUGCUUUGUUCGCCGAUAUGAAACUCACUCAGACAACUGACAUCACUCAUUUGGCACCGCAAGGUUUUGACAUGAACAACAUGACCGAGUCUAAGAAUUUGUAUAAUAGUGAACAGUCAUUAUUGGCGAAGUACAGUAAACCUAUAAAAGGUCCUCCAAGACCGGAUUCCAAAGCUAUUUCGUUACCCAAACCACCUUUACCACCACCAGCAUACGCGAGACCUACAGGCUUGACCAAGAACAAAUCCAAACUGUAUUCGGCUAAAAACGGACUGUAUACUAUCCAAAGUCAGUCAGACGAGAGCAGAGCAAGCAGUGUCAGCGGUGAAGGUAGAAGGAAAAGGGAAAAUAGCAUGGCGUACAGUCACAGAAGAAAUGUCAGUUCAAAUAUUGAAAAUUCUUUAGGAUAUCUACCAUAGUAAUACCUGCACUACUAGUUUAAUUGUUUAAGUAAGAAUAAAAAAUAAAGUAAAUUAUUUUUUAUUGAAAUAAUUAGGUUUAUAGUUACUAUAAAUGUACUUGAUGGUCUAGAUUUUAUAGUAACUGAAAAAUUAUAAAAAUAUGCUAAUUAUAACAUGUGUUCUAUCAACUGUUUAGAGUUCAUAUGUCUGCAACAAAAAUUUGAGCACUCUGUAUAUAAAAUGUCUUUACCUUCUCUACCAAAAAAUAUGUGACGUCAAGUAUAUUAACCCUCUGAUUAUCAUGUACACAUACUAGGUAUAAAAUAGUGUUCUUUUUUAUUUGUAGUUAUUUCUGAAAUAACCAGUUCAAAAUUUUUUUUUCAUGAAAGAAAGUUUGUUUUAUGUUGAGAUUUAUUAUUUUUUCCAUUU